AUGAUCCUCGUCGGCGUCGUCAACUUGUUCGUAGUUGUCGGAUCUGCUCCAGUAUUCCAGUUCACUGAUGACUCGACGGUAAACAUAUAGGUCUCAAGAACUACUGUUUUUAUACUCAAUUUAUGGCUAGAUUAAAACAAAAGUAAUGAAGACAUGACUAUAGCCGAUUUAUGGCCGAAUUGCGGCUCAAAAGGGCGUGGCCUGUCUGCGCUCUCCACCAACCAGGCACUGUCUCUUUUCUUAUCGUGUCAGGACCAUUUUUUCAAUGGCUCAAGUCGGCCGUGCUAACUAAUCAUUUUCAACCAAUUUCGAGUCUUUUUUUAUCGAAAAUUUUCAUCAACUAUGUCAAGACUCCCAUCAAAUAUUUAUUCAUAAAAAGGGGUGGAAAAGUUAUUUCUAUAUUAUAUAGACUAUAUAUGCUUUCUCAAAAAAAAAAUUUACGUAUUAGUUUUUCAUCAGUUCUGUUCAUGAAACCUUGUUGAAUUGUUUGAAGAUGCAUCGACUAAUUUCAAAACAUUCUCGAGGCGAAGUAAUGGUUUUCGGAGAUCUUUCAGGUCAUGCAAGGUUUUCCGCGUAAAUAUUCCAUUGAAGUUUCAAAAUUUACAAAAAAAAAACGAGCUGAAAGAACACUGAGAACGGUUCGAAGCCUCGAAAACUUUCCCAAAUUAGUCUUUGCUCCUAAAAAUAGUCACGUCUGUGGAGAGCUAAAUCUUGAAAAAGUAAAGUUGAAUUUUGGUCGUAAAUUUUUGAUUCUUUUGUUGAUUCAUCCGUAAAAUUGAAAAAAAGCUUCUCUUUGCGCAGAUCUCAGACAGUGCGAUACUUCGAUGGAUGCCACCGUCGAAGACUCUCUGGAGAACAGCCAAAAUCGAAAAACACGUCAAGGUCAGCUUUUUUGAUGGAAAAACAUAUUUGAUAAAACAUUUAUAAGUAUCUAAAACAUGCUAUGGUUAAAUUCCUUCUCAAAAUCUGGAAUAGAUUCACUGGGAAAUCGAAUGGGCCAAGGCCAAGUUUGCUGAGGAUUGCCAGAACGACGUCAAAGUCAGUUUCCGAGAAUUAAAUCGAAGCGAGUUUUGACGAGCUUCAGUUUGUGCCUGUGUACUUUUGGCCGGGCGAACGCGUUGAUCUGACAUGUCGUAUGUGUGAAGUGAGUACAAAUGUAGUUUUUUCGUUCAAGGGAUUCCGUUCAGAUGGCUUUCGUUAUGAAUGGACUAAUGAAAAGAUGGGGAUACGCCGAGGAUAUCAGCGAGUUCCUCGUGAAUCCCAAGGUUGCAUUUUGUGAGAGAAAAUUGACGCGAAAAGGGCGACUCAGCGGUACGUGAAGAUAAACGACCUGUGGAAGGACGUCGAGAACUCGCCGAACCGACGGAAAGGGUAGCUCCUUUGAGAAUACUAGCGGAAGACAUUCCAUUAGGCUUUUGGAACAGGAACAACGAAGUUUCGGGUCGAAUUUCCUGCCGGAACCGUCUGCUCGAACCACAGUACUUUUCCUCUUCUUAACUUUUUUGAAGUGUCGUUUGUUGAGGAAAAUCAGUGGGAGUCGGGAGGGCAACGUUUGCAUCCGAAGUACCUUCAGAAAGACGGAAAAAUGACAAUAUUCAAUGUUGGUAGCUGGAAAAACAAGUUUCUAGUUAUCUGUUUUCUAGGCAGACGUCCGAUCGCAGGGAGUUUAUUUCUGCUACGACGACCACUCGAAAACCUCCACAAACGUCUUUUAUGUAGUCACAGCAAUGAUUCCGCCAGUAAAAAUCACUACCAAUUUCCCAACCAACUAUAGUAAACAUCUUUCUUCAUUUUAUCAUUGUUAACAGUCAUUUCUAGAUGAUAAAUGCGCGAAAAAGAGCGGUGCCGACGACAAAAUGAUUUUCGCCUCCCACAACUGGAGGUAUGAUUUGUGGAAAAAAAAAGAAAAAGACUUAAAUAAGGUAUCGAGACGAAAAAGGCUUUUGAAAUGAAUGAAGUGAAAUGUUUAUUGUUCGCUCAAAGACUGUUCUGUGGCGUGGAGGUCGAGAACCAGAAAAGCUAUAUUUUAAGUUUAUAUUCCAAGUUAAGUAAGAAUUAUACGCCUGGAAACUUCCCAACAAGGGUUUACGAGCAGGCCUAUUGUUCAGUGUUUUUCCUCCGAAACCAAAUAAAAAUAAAUGUAAGAUUAUUUCUAGAUAUCAUUUUCUGCCGUUGCCGUCGUUGAAACCUCCGCCAUCGUGCUCCUUCAGUCCUGACGACCAAUCUUGCGUCUCUUCAUCAAGAGUAUCUUUUCUAUUUAAUUUAAAGAUUCCUUGAAAAAUCUGCAGUAUAACUACAUGAACAAUGCUUCGAAUUUCCCAGUCAACUUUCAAAAAGGUUGCUCGAUGGAUUGGUGCAGGUUUGUUGAGAAAAAAAAAAUCUUUCAAUAUCAUUCUGAUCACUCUUUUCUGUGGCUAACGUUCUUGCCCAAUUCUUCUCCGAGUCUAUUAAUUAACUUGAGAGCGCGUUUGCUGCCGCCGCAAAAAGACGCGAACUGGACCCUCGACGUCUUUCUCGAGCUGCGAUGGGACGAAUGGACGUCCUGCAAAGACGGACUUCCGCUGAAGCGCCGCGAGGCUCAUUGCUACUUGGUCCGUGGCGACGGAGUGCAGAUUCCAACUCCACUGUCGACGUCCGGAUGGACCGACGAGUUCAACUGGAUCUCGCAUCUCAACGACGUCUUCAACCGGCCUCCUUUCGACGUCCAGGGCAUCCGACUCCACAGGUUCACUCUUUGAAUUUACAGUUCGUACUCAACAAUCAACAGCUCUCUUCUCGUGUCGAAAAUCAGCGGAAGGAAAAAGUUAGAGUUUUGCCAAGUCGGUGGCGGUGGCUCUAGUUACGAAUUGGUUGGGGAAAAGUCUACAUUGAUUGAAAUUAUUUCGAUUUAGUAUGAUAGAGUCUGGAGAAUCGUAUUCAUGCGCACAAUGGGACUGAAAACCGAAGAUGGCAGUUUUAUUGAGUCUGACGAAGAUGGCGAAAUUGAUCAGCUCAAAAAUCCUUUCACCGCCUGUUUGAGGUAACUUUUUUCUCCAUCUCCACCGAAUUUCCAUGUUUCUUAUAAACCAGUUGCUUUAGUGAAAUUAAAUUUAUAAAAUUAAAAACCUAAAAAGCUUCAAAUUUUGUUCAGAUAUGGAAAAACGGACAGCGUCGAGCACCUAAUCGGAACAUACAUGACGGAGACUGAAUACUGUUGA